AUGGCUACUGGUAGUUCAUUGCCUAAUAAAAAAUGUACAAUUAUCUGGUUGGAUUCGGAAGCAAAUAACAGUGAAGAUAAUCUUUUUACACAACAAACUCUAUUUCAAGUUUUUGAUAAUGUUGAAAUAUAUGACAGUGAGAAUGAAUGCCAGCAAUUGAUUGAAUCAAAGUCAAACAAUUCAUUUUUAAUUAUUGUCAGUGGUAGAUUAAGUCGACAAAUAAUACCCAAUAUUAAUGAACUUCGACAAGUUUCUGGUAUCUAUAUAUAUUGUAUGGACAAAAGUAGACACGAAGAAUGGUCAAAGCAAUAUUCUAAAAUCAAAGCUAUUAUUGUUGAUUUGACUGCACUCGUUUCCCAAAUUCGAUCUGAUCUAAAAGAAUUUAUACAGAACAAAAGACCAAAACCAGUAGUACCACAAAUUACACCUGCUGUUACUCCAAAUCCAAAUCAUGUAUCGUCGACACAUCGAGAAGAAGAAGCACUUCGAGAACUUGAAGAAACGCUAGGUGCUACGUCAAUAAAUGACACGAAAUGUCCAUUCGCUGACUAUCAGAAAGUGCCAUUAGUCUCUCUUGAAGAAGCUGUUGCUCCUCUUGUCGAUAUUGUUGAUAAAGUCGAACAAAUGGUUUGGAUAGUGAAACAAAAUUGUGACGAUAACCCAACAGAUGGUCUAACCAAAGAUGAAUCAGCUUCAAUAGCACUUUAUACAAUGGAAUGGUAUUCGAAAGAAAUGUCUUUUCACUAUAUUCUCAAUGAAACUUUAAGCUCAGAGAACAAACAACAAAUAAAACCGUGGCUUCUUUAUUUGAAACUGAUGUUAAAGGGACUAUCAAAAUUACCAUCCUUAUCUCGUGUUGUUUAUCAAGGAGCGAAUUCAGAUCUUAGUAAUCAAUAUCCUAAUGGGAAAACGUUUUGUAGCUGGGAAUUUUCAAACUAUGCAUCAUGUAUAAAAGUACUCGAGGAUGAAGAAGAUUUUGGUAAAGAAGGCCAACGAACGCUUUUUACAGUUGAAUGCCGUGUAGGUAAAGCUAUUGGUCCACACGCACACGAUCAAUCAAAAGAUCAAAUUCUUCUUUUGCCUGGCCGACAAUUACAAGUUGUAUCUUGUCUUAAUGCAGGCAACGAUCUUACUAUUGUUCAAUUACAAGAAUUGGAAACAUCCUAUAAGUUAAAAUAA